CCCGGAAGUCUACAAACAUGGCGACCAACUCUUCUCGUCCGCCGCGACUUUCUCCUCUCUUGGCCGAUGACUGCGGUGAUGUCGAAUGCGAUUUAAUGCUAGACGCCCUAGAACAUCAUCUCGAGCAAGUAGAAGGAAGACUGAAUGAAUUGUUAGUAGAAUCCGAGGCACAAAAAGUAAAAGAGAAGGCCAACGUUGCGAAACCAGCAAAGGAUACUUCAAACAACAAAUCAAGACAGUCUACUCUUCCUCCCAUUCUCAAAACAGAUCAGUCAGAGCGAGAUGUUGAUGUGGGUUAUGUUGUGGAACAGAGUGAAACUGUAGCUUUAGGUCGCAUCCGCCGGAGACGAGAAACUGAGAGACUAAAAGAAGAAGAGGAAAGGGAACGGCAGAAACAGAAACGAGUAGAUCAAGCUAAGCGUCAUAUGGCAUUACUUGAACGACUGGAAUAUGUCAAAGAAGACGUGAGAGAGGACUAUUAUGCAGCACUGCAUGCAAAAAUCAGCCGUCAGAGAAGGAAAAUACAAGAAAGGGAUGAGAAGCUUGAAAAGAUGCGACAAUCUGACAUAAGAAAGAAACAAAUGAGAAAGAAAAUACGACAACCAAGAUCAGAUGGAGUAGAUGACUGGUCAUUUCUUCACAAUAUUGAACAAACACAAUACUACAAGAUUGUAAGUUUAGAAAUGGAAUUGAGACGAGACGGAAAGUUGAAUUCCGAAUGCAAAAUCCAGGAACUUUGGGAAGCAGAACUGAGUGGAAAGAACAGGCAGCUCGUGCCUGUAAAGAAGCAAACAGCAAAUUUGGUUGAAACAAGGGACAUGCAUAGAGUUGCUGAUGCGAAUGACGAGGAGGAGGAGACGCAUUCUUGGGCUAUCACGUCGGUUCCUCCAUUGAUGAUGCAUAGGAGUGAACGCAGCAGCUCACGCCAAACAAAGUCUUCAAGCCGGUCCAAGAGAGACACAAACAUUGCAGAUGACUUUGAAAAACGAUUUCCAAAGGUGACGCUUCCUCCACUUAAAACUCUUACAAUGAAGCUAAGGGAGGAUACUCCAGCUCGUGAUGAAUGGCUUGAGCAACAGCAGGAGAUAAUGAAGGAACGGAAACGAGUGUAUAAGAAGAAAGUCCACAUGUAUCAACAGUCGUUGUUUAAUCAACUGGCCACUCAACAAUUGCUAUCACGAUGUGACAUUUUUGCAAGCCAACCAGAACUUGAUCUUGGUGAUAUCUGGCUACCCAUCGCAAACUCUCCAAGCAUCAAAUCACCAAGCAAAACCAGCGAUACAUCACCACCCUCACAUCAACCCUCCCCCAUCCUAAACUCAACCAUCAGCCCCACAACACACAGCACCAGCAGUUGUAAUGACAGACAGAGUACAGUAACCAUCGAAAGCGACCUCAGUUCAUCCCAUGGAAGCGAUGCAACCGGCUCAUCAGCACGAUGGGACACUUUUGGGUUUACGUCCGACAUGAGCAUCCCCAGCCUGCCGAAACUGAUGGAAAGACGACGACAGAAAGGCCACCAGAAACGAGAGGAUAAAGGCAGACGAGGAAACUUGGAGAGCGAGAGUGUGUUGGAGAUUCCAGCACACAAGAACGUGGCACCACUCAAGAUGGAGAGCCUUGUGGAGUCACAUGAUGUCAUCUUGGAAUGCAAGAAGCCAAGCAGUUUAUGGUUGAACUACUUGAAAGUGUGAGAGUAAACACAAAUUUACGGAAUGUAUAGACUUGCACAUAUAUGGUGGUAAAUAUGAUUUGAAUAUACAGUGAGAUGUCUGA